GGCGUGCGUCAGCCUUCUUUCUUAUAGAACCCACGACUGCCAGCCCAGGGAUGGCACCACCCACAAUGGGCCCCCACCCCCACCCCCACCCUUGAUCACUAAUUGAGAAAAUGCCUUACAGCUGGAUCUCAUGGAGGCAUUUCCUCAAGGGAGGAUCCUUUCUCUGUGAUAACUCCAGCUGUGUCAAGUUGACACACACAACUAGCCAGGACACUCCUCAAAUUGCUUGCUGGGCUUUGCGGCUCCGGAGUAGGUUGGCAGUGGGGGUGGCGGUGGGGUAGUAGGAUAGCAGGCAAUGUGAAGUAGACCAGUUAUGUAAGUAAAACUUGAGUGCAGGGAGAUAGCAUCAACCGGUGCAUCUGGGCUUUUGGAGGCUUAUUAUCCAUUUCCCAUGGGGUGGAGUCAGGGCUUAAAGCCAGGAACCACAGCCAGGAAAGGUCUUUUUAGAGGACGCAGGAUGAGGUGCAGGGGAAGAUGCCCAGGGGACAGGAUUGAUGCAUAUUCCUGAUCUUCCACAGGAGUGGGUAAAGAUGCAGUGUGUGUGUGUGUGUGUGUGUGUGUGUGUGUGUGUAUGUGUGUGUGCGCGCGCACGUCCGCGCAUGGUAUUCAUGUCAGGUUCCAGUCACUCAGGAUUCUGGGUUUGUGCCUUUGUGCCACCUGCUGAGAACGCAGGGAUCUGGAUAAUUGGGGAAGUGCUCCAUAAGAGGAAACUGCCGCUUCUGGGGCAGAGGCAGGGAGUUUAUUUCUCCCGCUUGCUGCCUUUACUUCGUGUUCUGUCAGAGCUGACUUACCACUGACAUUACUGGAUCACAGGGAGAGCUUCCUUUACAAAUGUCAGUGCCUCAGAAGCCUGGGAGAUCCUAGGGGGUGUCAAGUCCUGCACAGCGGCACCGUCUGAGGAGGCAGUCAUUUGAUGAAAGUACAAGCAGUGACCUGGGUUCAAGCCCCAGCACUCAUAGAACAACCAGGCUUGUGGUUUGUGGCUGUAAUUCCAUUGCUGAGGAGGCAGAGACAGGAAGAUUCCUAGGGCUCACUGAUCAGCAAGUCCCACACCCCAGUCCCAGUGAGAGCUAUUGUUUUGUUGGGUUUUUUGUUUUUCUCAAAGAUUUCUUUCUUUUUUUUUUUCUUUUUAAGAUUUAUUUACUUAUUUUAUUUCUAUGAGUACACUGUGUAGCUGUACAGAUGGUUGUGAACCUUCAUCUGGUUGUUGAGAACUGAAUUUACAGUUUAAAUUCUGCUCGCUCAAUCCUGCUCACUCCUGCCCAAAGAUUUAUUUAUUAUUAUAAAUAAGUACACUGUAGCUGUCUUCAGACACACCAGAAGAGGGCAUUGGAUCCCAUUACAGAUGGUUGUGAGCCACCAUGUGGUUGCUGGGAUUCAAACUCAGGGCCUUUGGAAGAACAGUCAGUGCUUUUAACCACUGAGCCAUCUCUCCAGCCCCUGAGAGCUAUUGUUUUAAAAUGAGGUGGGGGUGUCUGAGGAAUGAUAUCAGAUUGACCUCUGGCCUUCACACACACACACACACACACACACAGAGGGAGAGGGAGGGAGAGGAGAGAGACAAGCACACAUUUAUACCUCUGGACCCCCAGCUCUUACAUUUAUAAAUCUUUCGGAGGGAGUGGAACAUUUGCAGUCAGGACAACUUGCGGGGGUUGGUUCUCUACUUCUACCAAGUGGGUUCUGUGGUACUCAGGUUAUCAGCCUCAAUGGCAAGCUUCCUUCCUUACCAUUGAGCUAUCUCGCCAGCCCAAAGCUGUGACUCCUAACUCCUGUGGUAUAUCCAGACUAGGGCUGUAUGAGGAAGCUGUAGAAGAUGGAGGAUUCAGUCUAACCCUCCCAAGGCUGCAGAGUGUCCAAGUCCCGUAGGCCUCACCCUCUCCGUCCACCAUCUCUACUGCCCGCUCUGCUGGUUGGGCCUCUGGUGUAUGGACUUGUACAUGAUGAACUGUGAACUUCUAGCCACGUGUAGCGCCCUUGGGUACUUGGAAGGAGGGACUUACCACAAGGAGCCGGAUUGCCUGGAGAGUGUGAAGGAUUUGAUCCGAUACCUGAGGCACGAGGAUGAGACCCGAGAUGUGCGGCAGCAGCUGGGAGCUGCACAGAUCCUGCAGAGCGACCUCCUGCCAAUCCUCACGCAGCAUCGCCAGGACAAGCCUCUCUUCGAUGCCGUGAUCAGGCUGAUGGUAAAUUUGACACAGCCAGCCUUGCUCUGUUUUGGCAGCGUGCCUAAGGACUCCAGUGUACGGCACCAUUUUCUGCAGGUUCUAACGUACCUGCAAGCCUACAAAGAGGCCUUUGCCAGUGAGAAGGCAUUUGGAGUCCUCAGCGAGACCUUGUAUGAAUUGCUACAGCUGGGCUGGGAGGAUCGGCAAGAAGAAGACAACUUGCUGAUCGAGCGGAUCCUUCUGCUGGUCAGAAAUAUUCUCCAUGUCCCGGCCAACCUUGAGCAGGAGAAGAGUAUCGAUGAUGAUGCCAGCAUCCACGACCGUCUCCUUUGGGCAAUUCACCUCAGUGGCAUGGACGACUUGCUCCUCUUCCUGUCCAGCUCAUCCGCCGAGCAGCAGUGGAGCCUCCAUGUGCUGGAGAUCAUCUCCCUCAUGUUCCGAGACCAGACCCCUGAGCAGCUAGCGGGAGUAGGGCAGGGACGCUUGGCUCAGGAGCGAAGCACGGAUGUGGCAGAAUUGGAGGUGCUGCGCCAACGGGAGAUGGCGGAGAAGAGAGCUCGGGCCCUCCAGCGAGGAAACAGGCACUCUCGAUUUGGGGGCUCCUACAUUGUCCAGGGGUUGAAAUCUAUUGGGGAGAAGGAUGUCGUCUUUCACAAAGGCCUUCACAAUCUCCAGAACUACAGCUCAGAUCUGGGAAAGCAGCCCAGGAGGGUGCCCAAGCGUCGUCAGGCUGCCCAGGAGCUGUCUGUCCAUCGCCGCUCUGUCCUGAAUGUGAGACUCUUCCUCAGAGACUUCUGCUCUGAGUUCCUGGAGAACUGCUACAACCCGCUCAUGGGCGCGGUCAAGGAUCAUCUGCUUCGGGAGAGAGCGCAGCAGCAUGACGAGACUUACUACAUGUGGGCAAUGGCUUUCUUCAUGGCCUUCAACCGAGCUGCCACCUUCCGCCCCGGCCUUGUUUCUGAGACCCUCAGUAUCCGUACCUUUCACUUUGUGGAGCAGAACCUCACCAACUACUACGAGAUGAUGCUGACAGACCGCAAGGAGGCCGCCUCCUGGGCGCGCAGGAUGCACCUGGCCCUGAAGGCCUACCAGGAGCUGCUGGCCACGGUGAACGAGAUGGACAUGUGCCCAGAUGAGGCUGUUAGGGAGAGCAGUCGUAUCAUCAAAAACAACAUUUUCUAUAUGAUGGAGUACCGAGAACUAUUCCUGGCGCUCUUUCGAAAGUUUGAUGAGAGAUACCAUCCACGCUCAUUCCUUCGAGACCUGGUGGAAACCACCCACCUCUUCCUCAAAAUGUUGGAGCGCUUUUGCCGGAGCCGCGGGAACCUGAUGGUGCAGAACAAAAGAAAAAAGAGGAAAAAGAAAAAGAAGGUUCAGGACCAGGGUGUUGCUUUCUCACAAAGCCCCGGGGAGCUGGAGGCCAUGUGGCCAGCCCUGGCAGAGCAGCUGCUGCAGUGUGCCCAGGACCCUGAGCUCAGUGUGGACCCCGUCGUUCCCUUUGAUGCGGCCUCAGAGGUGCCAGUGGAGGAGCAGCGGGUAGAAGCCAUGGUGAGGAUCCAAGACUGCCUUACGGCUGGCCAGGCCCCGCAAGCCCUGGCCCUCCUGCGGUCUGCCCGGGAAGUGUGGCCUGAAGGAAAUGCGUUUGGCUCUCCAGUCAUUUCCCCAGGGGAAGAAAUGCAGUUGCUGAAACAAAUCCUCUCCACGCCCCUUCCCCGGCAGCAGGAGCCAGAAGAAGGAGAUGCAGAGGAGGAAGAGGAAGAGGAGGAGGAAGAGGAGUUACAGGUGGUCCAGGUGUCAGAGAAGGAGUUUAACUUUCUGGAAUACCUGAAACGCUUCGCAUCCUCAACCAUCGUGCGGGCCUACGUGCUUCUCCUGCGGAGCUACAGGCAGAACAGUGCUCACACCAACCACUGCAUCGCCAAGAUGCUGCACCGGCUGGCCCAUGGCCUGGGGAUGGAAGCCCUGCUUUUCCAGCUGUCCCUGUUCUGCCUCUUCAAUCGGCUGCUUAGUGACCCAGCUGCUGCGGCCUACAAAGAGCUAGUGACUUUUGCCAAAUACAUCAUUGGCAAGUUCUUUGCGUUGGCUGCCGUGAACCAGAAAGCGUUUGUGGAGCUGCUGUUCUGGAAGAACACCGCAGUGGUUCGGGAAAUGACCCAGGGAUAUGGCUCCCUCGACAGUGGGUCUUCCAGCCACAGAGCUCCUCUGUGGAGCCCUGAGGAAGAGGCCCAGCUUCAGGAACUAUACCUCGCCCACAAGGAUGUGGAAGGUCAAGAUGUAGUGGAAACCAUAUUGGCGCACCUGAAAGUCGUUCCUCGAACACGCAAGCAGGUCAUCCACCACCUGGUCCGGAUGGGCCUGGCCGACAGCGUCAAGGAGUUCCAGAAGAGGAAAGGGACCCAGAUUGUCUUGUGGACGGAGGACCAGGAGCUGGAGUUACAGCGGCUCUUUGAGGAGUUCCGGGACUCUGAUGAUGUUCUUGGUCAAAUCAUGAAGAAUAUCACAGCCAAACGUUCACGGGCUCGAGUAGUGGACAAACUGUUGGCCCUGGGGUUGGUGUCUGAGCGGAGGCAGCUAUACAAGAAACGGAGAAAGAAGCUGGCGCCUUCUUGCAUGCAGAAUGGAGAAAAGUCCCCGAGAGACCCCUGGCAGGAAGAUCCGGAAGAGGAAGACGAACACUUGCCAGAGGACGAAAGUGAAGAUGAGGAGAGUGAGGAAGGCUUGCCAUCAGGACAGGGUCAGGGCAGCUCAUCUCUCUCUGCUGAAAACCUCGGUGAGAGCCUUCGUCAGGAAGGCCUCUCUGCUCCCCUCCUGUGGCUCCAGAGCUCCCUGAUCCGAGCAGCAAAUGACCGAGAAGAGGAUGGCUGCUCCCAGGCAAUCCCUCUGGUGCCUCUGACAGAGGAAAAUGAGGAAGCAAUGGAGAACGAACAGUUUCAGCAUCUGCUACGCAAGCUAGGGAUCCGGCCGCCCAGCUCAGGGCAGGAAACCUUCUGGAGAAUUCCAGCCAAACUGAGCUCCACCCAGCUUCGGAGGGUGGCUGCUUCUUUGAGUCAGCAAGAAAACGAGGAGGAAAGGGAAGAGGAGCCAGAGCCAGGAGUCCCCGGAGAGCAGGGUCCCAGUGAGGAGCACCGGACAGAAGCCCUGAGAGCCCUUCUGUCAGCCCGUAAGAGGAAAGCAGGCCUGGGGCCUACAGAAGAGGAGGCCACUGGGGAGGAAGAAUGGAACUCAGCGCCCAAGAAGCGGCAACUGCUGGACAGCGACGAAGAGGAAGAUGAUGAGGGGAGGAGGCAAGCAGUGUCGGGAACGCCAAGAGUCCACAGGAAGAAACGGUUUCAGAUUGAGGAUGAGGAUGACUGAAAGCCAGAUGUGUUUGACCGAUGUGAGUUGGAGGCACAAAAGCUACUUUUGCCUGCGUUGGAAGCAAUCUUCUCUACAUUGACAGCCCAGGAAUUUUAGGCAGCAGUGUUGGGUGGAGUCUUUGCGGUCAGUCCUUGCCCCAGGUUCAUCAGCGUGCACAGCCGGUCUCUGGGUCCGUCUCGUAGCAAAUGAAGAGUGGCGAAAGGUUCAAGGUGGCUUGUCCUCCUCUAAGGACUGCGUCUUGGCUUCUGACGGGGAGCUUUAUAACCCAGCACGGUUGUUCAUUCUGUCCUCACAAAGCACUGGAUUGCUCCCAUUUUCUUUCUUUCAUCCCAGGACACAUGAUUGAACCCGUUUCUACAGUUGAGGGAGAGCUGGGAUGCACCACUCUCAAGCUGACAAGCAUCCCUGAUUUGUGUUUCAUAUUAAAUGUGUACAAUUAACAGUUGCUCAUCUCAGAGCGGCCAGCCAGCCAUCUGUUGUGUCUUCGGAAGAACUUUUAAGAGUAAAAUUAAAAGACAUGUCCUGAACUGAGCUUGGUAGUGUGAGCUAAUCCCAUCGUGUGGGAGACAGAGGCAAGAGAAUUGCCAUGAGGGAGAGGAAAGAGUCAUAUAGCCCUACGCGUGGGCCAAUAAAUGUAAUUUAAAAAAUCAGCUUGAUAAUAAAUAUAAUUUUUAAAAAAAGA